AUGCCUAGCAUGUGGUUAACCGAGAACCAGAAGAUCGGUGUGGUCUUCUGCUCGGCCGGUGGACUAUUCCUACUCGGAGGAGUGUUGAUGUUUUUCGACCGAUCAUUACUUGCAAUGGGAAAUAUCCUCUUCCUCAUCGGCCUGACUCUCAUCAUUGGUGUCCAGAAGACCAUUGUCUUUUUCACCCGCCCGCAAAAGCUCAAGGGAACUGCCGCUUUUGCCGCUGGUAUCCUCCUCAUCCUCUUCCGCUGGCCCUUGGCUGGAUUCUUGACAGAACUCUACGGCCUGUUCAUCUUGUUUGGGGAUUUUCUGGUUACGAUCGGUCAAUUCGCGGGGAAUAUUCCCGUGAUAGGACCUUAUAUCCAGCGUGGACUGGAAGUCCUUGCAGGUGGCAGGAGCAACGCCGAACUCCCUGUAUGA